CUUCGAUACGGAUAUACAAGAAGUGGUGCCGCGGCGCGCGUGUGUCAGUGUGAACAGCGACUAAGUUUACUAUGGUGAUCGGUGAUCGGUCCUUGCGAUAACAAUCGAGUGAGUUCUCUUGAGUGGUACCUUGACUCUCCGUGCGCUCUUAUUGGAUUACUUUAACGAUGAUUCCACGAGAGCACAAAUGGCACAUCAUCGUCACUUGUACACUUCUCCUGGUAGCUCAAACACAAGCACAAGGCGAACGAACAUACGACACAGGAGAAUGGAUACCAGUUACGUCAACGCCAUCCAAAUCAAAUGUACCUGUCAACCAAAAUCAAGAACAAGUAGCCAGCGAUAGAAUACUCAAUUUGGAAGUACCCGUCCAGAAAUUUCCGGUCAGCAAAGAAUACAGACCUAUCAAACAUGAAAAAAUAAACCCGAAUCAUGUUCCGAGAAGACUGAAGAACCCGUCAGAUUAUAAAUUCGAGACACCUCCACCACCUCCGUCUAGAAGAGUCCCUCAAAUUAAUUACUAUGCUGAAAAUUCUUCACCUUAUACUUUUGAACACCCUCCUAUACCAUCCGCAUCGCAAAUAGUUGAGCAAGUGAAACAGAACUAUCUGGCGUCGACUCAACAGAAACCUAACGCACAAGCUUUAACCAAGAACUACGUUCCAGUGCCGAGUAUUAAUCCAGAGGUACCUCCAGUUAACGCUCCUAGUGUUUAUAAUCAGUACCAGCCAGCACUAAACUCGAGCUAUUAUCAGUCUUUAAAUCCAACAACCAUAAACGACGGAUUAUAUCAAAGUAUCAAUGCUAUUAACAAGGUUAAUGAGGUUAUAGCACAAAACUCUCCUUCAACAACCAUCCAGAAAACCUUACCGGUUUUAGAAAAACAUACAUCAUCAUAUGAAGCACCACCACAACCAAACCAGAACGUCCAGUUGGUAUAUGUACCGGUAGAAAACCUAAAACCAACCCAACCACCACCAGUUCAACAAUACCAAGCCCAACCUCAAAACAUCAACCAGUUAAAAUCAUCACAAGCUGUUUAUAGUUCUAAAAUUCCAGCCCGUGAACCGCAACAGUUUGGAUUCUCAAACCCUGUUAAAUCAAAUAGUUUUAACUAUAUCAACACACCUUCACCACCUGUGAAGAGUCCCGUUGAAAAUAAACAAAAGAAACUCGAUAAUAUCGAGAAAGACUUUGUGCAACAGGCUUACUACGCUCAUAAAUUGCAAGAAACGCUUCAGGACGAAAUCAAUCCGCUGUAUCAAGAUGGGACUACGGCCAAACCGAGACGUAAAGCACAUCAACCACCGCUAGCUCUAUUUUUAGAGUCACAAAGUGAAGCCGAAGUUUCUGAUGCGCUAAAUGUGCUUAAGGAUGCUAAAUCUAUAGCUGUGCAGGAUAGACUAUCUCCUAAUUCUCCAAGUGUAUUUAUUGGACCUUCAAGUUUGGAAGUAUCUGAAGGUUAUACCAAGUUUCCUUUGCCAUACUUGAAUAACUUAAACGGUAAUAGAAUUGAGCGAAAAAUUGAUCAACUACCUUUCUUCGUGGCACCAGUAAGUUACAGUACUCCACCUGGAUACUCGAAAAUCCCACUACCGUCUCCUCACGUAGGGUCUGUCGUGGUUUCCAUACCCAGAGCUCCUUUAACAACUACAACUCGCCCGACUUAUUUCAAUCCAAAUCCCUUUGGCUUAAAUUAUAACGGAUACAAUUUCGAUUAUCAGACACCAAGUCCUGUACAAAACUACGUAAACCCGAACUAUCAAACUUAUGAUGCUGAAACAAAUUCAUUCCAAGCGACUCCAACAACGGAACAAGCCUCAGUUAAUGGACAAAACUCUUUUAAUGUCAGACAACCACCCCUUUACGAGACUCAAGAUGCUUUAAGUAAUCAACCUCAAAGAGGUGUACAAGAGAAUUCUACACCUUUAAAUACAUACAAACCUAUAGAAGAGAGUUAUUCACGUGUACCACAAAACAAUUAUAAUAUCCCAACUACAACUCCACGCCAAAAUGAAGUAAAAACUAACACCGAAAACGCAAAUUCGUUAGAUUUAGCUAUAAACAACUUUGAAUUACAACAGAUAAACAAUCAGUUUGAGCAGGAACAUAGAAAAGUUAAGCAUUCUACCACGACAAGACCACAAACUAUCUCUCAGUAUGAUUUCGUGUCCAGUACAGUACAACCACUUCACACACAGAAUGCUCAAGAAUACAACACAGAAGCUCCCAGCAGAGGUAGGGUAAGAGAUAGGAAUAGAGGAACUGCUAAAGUAUCUACAAAACCUCCUCUGGAAGAAUACAAAUAUACAGUUCUAGAAGAAUUCCUGGCUUCCAUGAACAAACCCACAGAAAGUUAUUUACUGGGAGGGGCGUUUGAGGAUUCGUCGAAAUUAUUCGGUAAUGAAGAAAGGACUGCUGUAAACCCUAAUCAACCUUUAGAAAAUGCAAAGGAUGGUGAAAAAACAAAACCAAUCCAGACAGGUGCACUUGAAACUCCCCAACAAGUUAAUCAAGGUAAUGUAAACAUCGAAAAUAUUCCUGCAUCAGUUUAUAAUUUGGGACAACAACAACAAACAUAUACCCUACUGGACAAUACUCAGAAUUCUCAAAACUUGCAAGGUGUAUUACCAGUCAAUUACAGUCCCACUGGUGCUGCACAAGAUCAAAGAGAAAACAGUCAUCUCGGUACUGUACAAAAUAAUCAAGCCGGUAUUUCUGAACAAUCCACCGAUUCUCCAGCAGUUCAAACAAAGAGACGUAGAUUACUUAGAAAGAAAGUUCAAAAUACAAACAACGAACUGGAAACUACUGCUCCCGGUAGACAAAUUACGUCUCCAGGUUUAGAACAAGCUCAAAUACCAACCCAACAAGUCUUUGUUCAAAACAUAAACAACGAAAAUUAUAACGCUGCCCCAGUUGAAUCAAGUGUUCCAAUUGAAAACUAUAAAAUUCCGGUUGAUCCAAAUGUUGCAACUGAUCAAAAUAUUCCAAUUGGUUCAAAUGUUUCGCCUGAUCUACAAGAACGAUUAAAAGAGUUGGCUCCAAACUUGUUCCAGCCUAAUUUCGAUCAGACUUAUAUUAGCUUGCAGGACCAAGCAGUUAGAACGUUAUUGACACCUAAUGCUUUACCGCCUGCAACACAGGAAGAGCUUGUUGUAACUCCACUGAAAGAUAAGCAGGUAAUUUCUACUACGGAAGCUUAUACAGAAAUCAUACCAAGCGUUGAGCCUGAAACUGAGAAGUCUACUACAGUUAGGGGACGAACUAGAGGUAGAGUACGAGGUAGAGCAUCUACUACAACACCUGCUUCAACUGUUACGAGUAGUUCUCGAAGAACUGCCGGUAGAAGAAGGCCAACUUAUACUAGAACUACGACGGAAAGAGUAACUUCAAGCUCCGAGUACGAACUUAAAGAUGAUUCAGUACGAACUAGUACGAAUACUAGGCAAAGAACUCGAACUAGGGGUCGUCAAUCACAGAAUCAAGUCACCAAGAAACCCGCUGCAGUCCAAACAACAGAACAACAAGUUAAAGAACAACCAGUGGAACAAAUUUAUUAUGCGAAUGUAAAUAAUGAACAAAUCGUACAAAAUGUUCCACAAUAUACACAAAGUGAUUUCCAACAAAUAAAUACACCGGUAGAAGCUAACCCCGAAAUUAAUGCCUAUAAUUAUAUACCAGUACAAUCUUCAACAGCGAGGAACGUUUUAGUGGAAUACGAAAAUUAUAACUAUAACCCCACUUUGUCAUCAAACAUACCAAUACAGAGUAUCCCUACAGAAAAUGCUGAAUUACCUCUCGUACAAGAAAUUGUUGAAGUCAAACCCAUUCAAAACGAACAAGUUCAACAAUAUAACAAUGCUAAUAUUCGUUCAGCUGGAAUUCUUAACAACAAUCCUGAAACAACAACCGCAAAAACUACUCCUACACGAGGAAGAGGUCGUACUAGAGGAAGAUCUAGAUUCACUCUUUCUACAACUACAACCACCACAACAUCAAGACCUGUUACUAGACCAGCUACCACAGCUCGACCAGAAGCAGUGGUAAAUGAAGAAACAGAGUACUACGGUUUUAUAAGAAGUCCAAAUUAUCCUCAAAGAAAUAUUGAGGCUCAGGUUACACCUUCGGAAACAAUCGAUCAGCCAGCCAUUCAAUUUGUCGGAGAAAUUAGACCUAAGUAUACACCUACCAGAACAACAGCGCAAGCAGAUGAAGAAUUAGUAUCUGUAGAAACACCCAGACCUAGAGUAAGAUCAAGAACAAGACCUCCAUCUUCAAGAACCACAAAUACUUACAGACAGAAUGACAAUGAUCUGGGAAACUCAAGAACAUCUGAACAGUCUACAAGAAGACCUGCUAGGACUCGUGGUAGAGGAUCGGCACAUUAUCAAGGAACAGAAAAUCUUAAAAGAGGAAGCAAAGAAGAGGAUGUGGCUAAUCAAAAUUAUCCAGUAAACUUUCUGCAAAAAUUUGAGUCAACGGCUGCUCCCCAAGUGACUACGCCAAACUUUCAAAUAACUAUAGGCCCCAAUGAAGAUGAAGAUCUACUUGACCAGUCAGCUCAUUCGUCGUUUUAUCAAGCUAAAGUUUUACCAGCUCCAAACGAUAUUUCUGAUGCACAUGGUGCUAAAAAGGCAUCGCUAAAUAAGGAAUACACAAAAAGUACUGAAGAAAAAGAAAAUGAUAGAAAUGAAGAAAUUUUAGACAAUACAGAAAAGGAUGAUGAUGUAACAGAAAGUUUGGUAACUACUCCUAGUCCUGAAGCACUUCCAAUGUUAGGUACAACGAAAAAGUAUGACACUGACUUCUCAGAGAAAGAAUUUGAAGAAGUGAUAUCAGAUUUAGAAAGCAUACAAACCUACCCAACUGAUGAGAGUGUUGUAACAACAACAUCUACCCCUAACAGUAAAAGAAGAGGCGUUUGGAAACUUGUAAGACACGAACCAGUAGAACCACUUGAAGGAUCCGAGUCGCAGAACUACAAAACUGUGUUGAAUGGUUUUGAAACUAUUGCAAAAGUUUACCCGUAUACUAAGAACAUUUACAGUGCCAAGAAGACAUUCAUCCCUACCACAGAGCUUAGUAAUAUAGUUUCAGAAGAAAAUAGUUCAGAUUCUGAUGAUAAUAAUGAAAAUAAUAAUGAAGAUAUUAUUACAACAACAGAGGAUGAUAAGAAUGAUGAAGAAUCUUUAACCACGACAACUCAAGCAACCUUCAAAUCUCAAGAGAGCAUCUUUGAUUCAAUUUAUGAAAUGUUUGGAUUGUUUAAUAAAGAAAAUCAAAAUACCACUUUAACUGAACAAAGUACUACGAUUUCAACAACUACACUAGUGAAUCCAACGUUUCCUGACGAGAUAACUGAAGACUCUAGUACUUCAGUUAAUAUUAAUACAGAUAAAUACAUCACUAAAGAAACUGAGGAAGAUGUUAGUACUCCAACAACGACUACUGAGGUUUUUACGAGAAAAUACGAUGUGCACCCAUGGAAAAUGAAAGUUAUUAAAACGUCAACUUCAACUGAAAUAUCUCAUGAGACAGAAAUUUGUUAUAAGGGUCGAUGUGUUAAAUCAAAGGGAAGAAAAAUGUCGAAAUAAAUGGACAUAAACAGAAAUUUCACUCAAAUUUAAUAGUGUAUCAUGAAAAGGCAUGCUCUCAUGAUAACAUAAAUAAUUAUUUUGUAUAGGUAGGUGUUUCCUACCAGAUUGAUGUACAUAAUAUGAUAACGUGACUGUUGUGUGUGAUAUAAUAAUAAUUAUAAAAUUACGUUACUUCGAAGUGAACCAAAAUACAAUUUUUAUUUACAAAAAAGAAUUGUAAUUUUGGAUCACAAUCAUUCUGAAACAAUAUACUCAUAAGUAUUUUAGUGAUGCUUGCCUAAAAAAAUAUUUUUAUUUAUUAUUUCCUCUAUUACAAAAAUCAUGUUAUUUAUUUUUCUAGGUAAACAGAAACUUGUAUUACAUUUAAAAUAAUGCAAAUUUUUUAAUAUGUAUAAAAUUUAUUAAAAAUAUAAGACAAUAAAUUAAAUAUUUUAUAAGUUGUUUGAUGGAACGACCAAAAAUAUGUGUACUUAUUAUUGGUUAAUUAGUUCUAUAAUUUAUCAAUUAUUUUAAUUGUCAUUU